GAGAAGCAGCUCCAGAGCCGCGCAUGCGCGUGGGCGCUCCAGCCACCAACUACCGGGCCAACAUGGAGAGAAAAGUUCUCGCACUUCAGGCGAGGAAGAAAAGGGGGAAAGCCAAGAAGUCAACCAAGAAGCCUACUCAUCAACCGAGAGGAGCGCCUCAGCAGCCACCACCUGCAGAGCCUCAGCAGCUGGAGCCUGAUGAAGAAAUCCUAGGCUCGGAUGAUGAGGAACAGGAAGAUCCCAACGAUUACUGCAAAGGUGGCUACCACCACGUGAAGAUAGGGGACCUGUAUAAUGGGAAGUACCAUGUGAUCCGUAAGCUGGGCUGGGGCCAUUUUUCAACAGUGUGGCUUGCAUGGGACAUCCAAGGGAAACGGUUUGUGGCAAUGAAAGUGGUAAAGAGUGCAGAGCACUACACAGAGACAGCCCUGGAUGAGAUAAAGCUGCUGAGAUCUGUUAGAAACACAGACCCUAAUGAUCCAAAUAGAGAGAUGGUUGUUCAGUUGUUGGAUGACUUCAAAAUCUCUGGAGUCAACGGAACCCAUGUGUGCAUGGUAUUUGAAGUGCUGGGACACCAUUUACUUAAGUGGAUUAUCAAGUCCAACUAUCAAGGCUUACCCUUGCCUUGCGUCAAGAGCAUCAUUCGACAGGUUUUGCAGGGCCUUGAUUACUUGCACACAAAGUGUAAGAUUAUCCACACUGACAUAAAGCCAGAGAACAUACUAAUGAGUGUAGAUGAGUCAUAUGUGAGGAGACUGGCAGCCGAAGCUACAGAAUGGCAGAAAGCAGGAGCCCCCCCUCCAUCUGGAUCAGCAGUGAGUACAGCGCCAGUACCCAAACAAGCACCCAAAAUGUCAAAGAACAAAAAGAAGAAGUUGAAAAAGAAGCAAAAGCGGCAGGCAGAGCUGCUAGAGAAGUGCAUUAUGGACCUGGAGGAGAUGGAGAAGGGGCCAGAGGGAGCAGAGGAAGAGGACGAUGACCCACAAUCCCCUAAAUCACCUAUUUGUGCACCUCUGAGGCAUGCCUCUUUUCAGGACAUUGCUGAAGAGGAAGUAAUAGAUAACCCCAGGGAACGGCUGGCCUCAGACACCUCAGCAGAGCUCAACUGCAAUGGUCACUUACCCAGCAACCAAGCUCUACCUGAGGAAGAUGGUGAAGAAGACGAACAAAAAAUACAGCUGAACCAGGAAGACGACCACAAUGCUAACGCGGGACCUUCAGAAGAGAACCCCUAUAAGUACUGUAACGGAGCCAGCUCUCCUGUGCCAGGGCAGGAGAACCACAGCAAUGGAGACGUGAGGGAGGAGGGAGAACUGGGGCUCGAGGAGCAGGACAAGCUACAGGAUGGGCCAAUGCCUGCAAGAGACAGCCAGGCCACAGCAGAAGAGAGCCUAAAGAACGCUAAGCUGGCAGCAGCAAACCUACUGAUCAAUCCCCUGGAACCGCUAAAUUCAGACAAGAUCAAGGUCAAGAUUGCUGACUUGGGCAACGCCUGCUGGGUGCACAAACACUUCACUGAGGACAUCCAGACAAGGCAGUAUCGCUCCCUAGAGGUGCUGAUUGGUGCAGGUUACAGCACACCAGCUGAUGUAUGGAGCACAGCUUGUAUGGCGUUUGAGCUUGCCACUGGGGAUUACUUGUUUGAGCCCCACUCUGGUGAAGAUUACUCCAGAGAUGAAGACCACAUUGCUUUGAUCAUUGAGCUGCUGGGGAUGGUCCCACGCAAACUCAUAAUGGCGGGAAAAUACUCCAAGGACUUUUUCACCAAGAAAGGUGACCUGAAGCACAUCACGAAGUUGAAGCCGUGGGGUUUGCUGGAGGUGCUGUUGGACAAGUACGAGUGGCCGCGGGAAGAGGCUGAGAGCUUCACAGACUUUCUGCUUCCCAUGCUGGAGCUUGUCCCUGAGAAACGAGCCACAGCUGCUGAAUGCCUGUGCCACCCCUGGCUCACCCUCUAGUGGCUCAUCCAAGCCAUUACAUUUCCAUUCUCCUUCACUUCCAUGAAAAAGAGAGACUGCAACAUAACACUUUCCAGAUUUGAACGCAUAUCGGAAUACUACUUGUCUGUGUAUUUGUGUGUGGUUUUCUAUAUUUGUUUCACCUGCGGAGUACUUUGUUUCCAGGUAGUUUUUAAAGUCUUGAGACUUCUUUUCAUGAGGCAGGGGUUCUUCCGCACACUCUUUGAUUUAUUUUUUUUUUCUCCCCUCCAUCUUGAUUUGCACAACACAUUGAAGAGUUUUAGGGAACAUCUUCUGUAGUAUUUCUCCUGUGUUCUGAAGACCUGAGUCCUGUAUAUUUGCUAGAUAAGUGGCUUUAAUUGAACUUGGGGGUAGUGUAAGGCCACACCCAGAGGAUCAUUUUGUUACAUAUGUUGCCCAGUUUUGGGAAGAUGCACACCGGAGAUAGCAAGCUGUAUAAAGGGAACUGUUAGGUUUACAUUAAAACUAUAGGAAUUGAGUUUAGACAGUUUGAAAUGGUUUGUAGUUUAUUUCAGGAAAUGCCAUACCACUGUGUACUUCUGGCUUAACUCUAAAUGUCAGGUUUUUUUCCUUUUAUGUGUGUUAAGCCCUUUUUUGGUCAGUCAUAUCUGGAAGUUUUCUUUCUCACUGUUUUGUUCAGUAGGUAAUUAUGUUCAGGAAGCUUCCACACAAAGCAAGUAGCCGUUAAGUAACGUAAAAAAAGAAAAAAUUUGUGAAAAAGAAAUUCUGUGAGUGUGUGCGAGCAUGAUGUGUGUCUGUGUAUAUAUGUGUACCAAAGAGUUUGCCUUGAUCUGUAUAUUACAGCCAUGUACAGUUUUUAAAGAAAUCCUACUAUUGUAUCUUAGCUAAGAUUAUUUAGCUUGUCAGAUUGUUUUAAUAAAGCAUUUGGAAGAUGGGUGCAA